UAAAAGGCAAAUGUAUGGGCCAGAGUGGAUGAUAGGCUCAUUUCCAUGCAAAUUCUAUAAGUGAGCAUGGGAGUUACCUGACAAAUGUGGUUGAAUAGUAUUGGAAAGCAGAAUCUGACCACAAAUAACUUUUAAAAGUAAGAAAUGCAAAUACUUGAGAAAAGAAAAAGAAAGAGAAAGAGCAUAGAGCAAUGAAACAAACAUUUUUAUGGUAUCCUUUCGUGGGACUUCCAGUAAGUACUCUUUGCUUUUUCCCUGUCUCUUUGUGUUCUUAGUGUUCUCUUUCUCUCUCUCCACUCAUUGAGUUGUAGCUGUUGAAACACCGGAACAGCCCAAAAUUCAACAAACACUGGUUACUGUAUAGUCUACUAUCUCUCUUUCUUUUUUUUUAGAUUCUGACAUCUCUGACUUUCCUCCAUCAUCCCCAGUGCUCUUUUUCUUGGCAAUCUUAUCUCCAUUCAUAACCUUUUUCAGCUUCAACAAUCACUGUGCUACUUGUGGUAAAAACUAGAACCAAAAAAAAAAAAAAAACCCCAAAGUCACAGGCCGCAGUUCUGUCUUUGUCUUUUGAUACUUCUCAUCCCAUAGCUUCCAUAGCUUACAAAAUAGCAUAUCACUCAACUAUUCUUUGCUGCUUCAAAAGAUAUACCAAGUGUUUGAAGAGAUAACUGAUUAGUUCUGUAGCCAUUCAUACCGGAUAUCAAAAGGAACAAGCACUAGACAUUGCUACUUCACCCGAGAAUGACAACCCCAAACCCCAGGGUAGAAUAUGAAAACAAUUCGGAAGAAAGCAGCCAAGUGGCUUCCAACAUAUCUGCACGCGAAGCAUCUCCUGAUCCCUCAAAGAAUAGCACAACCACUACUUCAUGCCUCACAAAUCUCGUAAAGGCUCAACCAGAUUCAGGGUCUGUUUCCCUUGACCUGACUCUCCAAUUCUGUGCCAGUGAUGCUGAGAUGAAGGGCACUGGUGAGAGUAGUAGCGAGAUAGCAACCCAUACUUUGUCAGCUACUGCCACAAGGGUUUUCUCUUGUAAUUAUUGCAGGCGCAAGUUUUAUAGUUCACAGGCACUGGGUGGACACCAGAAUGCUCAUAAGAGGGAGAGGACAAUGGCAAAGCGUGCAAUGCGUAUGGGGAUACUGUCUGAUAGGUAUAAAAGUUUUGCAUCUCUGCCCCUUCAUGGUUCUGCAUUUCGGUCCCUUGGGAUCAAAGCUCAUUCCGCUAUGCACCAUGGAAUCAUGCCAUCCCAGAGGCCUCUAGAUACAAGAGCUGGAGCAAGGUUUGAUCAAGGGUAUUUUGGAAUGCCAAUAUUCAUUGAAGAUGAUGAUGUUGACUUGUAUUGGCCAGGGAGUUUUAGGCAGGUGAAUGGAGUUGAUGCUAACCAGGCUUUGGAAUUUGCUCAAAAUUCAACUCAAAGUUCAAAUAUUGGUUUUGUAGCAAAGGCAUCACCACCAAGAACAGAUACAUCUUUGCCUGAUCUUACUUUGAAGCUCUAAUUUUUUUAAGAUUCCUUCUCAUCUAAACAUGCUACUUAUUAUGGUGCUCACUCUGUACAGUGAGAUGCAUUAGCAAUGGCUGCUAGCUCCUAAGAUUAUUUUUGCUAGAUUUCUUUAACCGUUUAAUUUUCUAUUAUUAUCCCUGCCAUUGGUUUGCUGCUGAUGUGCAAAGUUUGGGGUAUGAAAUGAAAGCUAUAGCUUGCAAUGAUGAUGGCACGAUUGAUUUUAGGUUACAUUCCAUGCACUAGAUUAUGAGAAUUAUUGAAAGCCUUUCCCUUUAGCAACAUUGAGAAUUCUGAGUAGCUGGAAUAUUUCUACAAUCUGAACAUUUUGCUUUGGCAGGCUAUAUACCUGCACCUAUUCGCUCUUCCUAAUUGUUAAUGAGAGCUGUAUGUAGCAAAUAUUCUGCUUUCGGAGCUUCUGUGACUGAGGAUGUGAAAUAUUCAUUCAUCCAACAAGAAUAAUGUGAUAGCAAAUAUGCUGCUUUCUGUGCUUCUCGUUUCUUAUUUGCACCAAUUCAUGGUAUAGAUGCAGGAUUUAGGCAGAAAUCCUUGGAUAAGUUGUGCUAAUCACCUUUCUUAGUUGGGAUGAGAGAUUGGAACAAAUCCAACCUGCCAAACUCGUACCAGAUUAAAGCCCUUGGCAAUGCAAGCCUAGUUAGAUUAAGCAUCAACUGCUUCAUCUCGUACACCAAAAAGAGCCUUUAAUUCAAAUAUACUCUUGGUUAAAGAUAUAUUUGUAUGUUCCCCACAACCAGGAUACAGUUCUAUCUCAGCAACCUUUGGAGAUUGUGAAGAUUUCAUUGCUCCCACAAUCAAUUCUUCUUGACCAGAGCUCUUUGCAUCAGCUCCCUUGUCUCCCAAUCCAUGUUUCUUAUGAUCAAUAUCCAUCUCAUGAUUCUCGGCAACAGCAGCCAACUUCGGUGUAAGAUUGUUCCAUUACCAAUUCAAAAAGAUCAUCUUUUACUUCAUCUCGUGCCUUCUAAUUUCUAUUGCUCUGCAUUCCCUUUCAUAGCAAAUGCCGUAUCAAGUAACUCAUCUACCCCAUUUUCAUAUUCAGGCAACCGUCUGUCUUGAAGCCGCAUCCAGCUCUUCAUCAAUUGCCAUGUUUCUGUAUACAUAAAGGCCCGUCAACUUGGCAAGUGAUCUCAAGUAACCAAGCUUACAUAGAUAUUCAUUUUAAGCAAAUAACAAAAACAAACACUAAAAAUCUCAAAAAAAAUCUAGCCCAGCCUAAUUUUUCAUCAAGAAUUUUCUAGGCAAUCCACGUUCUUUCUUUGGACCAACUAUGUAGAGCAUUGAUUUGAGGUCCAAAUACUGACAUUUUCUCACCUACCAAACAUCCCAAAGUAAAAUCAGACUUUUUAAAUCUUACUACUUGUAUUUGUUUUUACUUGAUUCAGCAACCAACAAAUAUUUCUCAAAAAAAGAAAAAAACAAUAUCCCUCAAUAGAGGGUCCAAGUCCAACCUAUA